AUGCUGGUGUGCGUCAACGCAGACAGGACAUGUGAGGGCAAAGCCCAAGGUUUGUUAGGGGAGGGCCAGUACCUGUGCCUAGGAAAGGGUGGGGUGGGGUCAGCCGUGGGUGCUGUCACCAAGAUUAGAUCAAGAUGGAAAUUGAAACAAUUUAACAAUAGGCUACGGCUGCAUUGGAGAAAAGAGAUCAAACUCCUGUCAGACCUUGCAUACUGUGGUUUAACCACAUUCUCAGGGUACCAGAUGUAGGGUGAAGAGUAUGUCAAUAUCAUCCAGGUGGACCCCACCCUGCGCGGGGCACUGUCCCGUGCCAGACAAGGAGCCCAGGUGUAUCUCCACAGCCUGUUUCCCUACCUGCUGGAAAAGUUGCUGGUGUGCCUGGAGAAUGAGCUUGGAGACAAGGGAAAAGCCAGGGAGGGGGAGGCCGGAGAGCAGAAGUGGCCAGUCCCUGGAGCCUGGAUGAGAGCCUGGGUCCAGAGGGUGGUGGGGCAGCUCACGGAGCCCCAGAGGAGGAUGUGCAUGCUGGUCUUGUUGGCCCUCCAGCCGGCACUCUCCAUCAUCCACCGGUUGCAUGUGGCCCUGUUUUACAUCAGCGGGGCCUUCUACCACCUGGGGAACAAGACGGCCAGCAUCCGCUAUCUUUGGGUGUGUGACGGGGGUUGACAAGGCCAUCCGGAGCAGCUACAGGCUCCUGGGCGUGGUCUCCCUGCUGCAGCUGGCCCUCACUGUGGCCCUGCAGCUCAACAAACUCCGACAGAGAGCCCAGCAGUAGUGGAGACAACACAGGAACCUGCCUUCCAGGUCUCCAGUCUGUAGAAGAGCCCAACUCACCCUGUGCAUCUCGCUGUAUCCUGUGAAUAGAGGAGAGGAGGCACUCAACCUCUACCCCAUGUGGCCACUUGUUCUGCUGGGAGUGCAUCACAGAGUGGUGUAACACCAAGACAGUGCCCUUUGUGUCGUGAGAAGUUCCAGCCUCCUCGACUGGUCUACCUGAGAAACUACUCGUUUCCAGAACCACUAGCGUGCCUUUUGUUACAUGGCUUCACUUUCUAAAUGACUGGAUCGCCACAUUGGACUGUUGAAUCGUUAAACACACCUUUGUCUUUCUUAGAGUUUAGCUAUCUCUGUUCAAGUUACUUCCAAAUAGCAUCUCACUUCAGAGAAUGCCUAGAAAUCUUAUUUUGGGACCUUGAUUCAGAUAUUGCUGAAAACUCUGUCAAGUUAUCUCCAGUGUGAAACAAAAUGGAUAAAGCGUUUCAAAUUGUUUUUGUAAUAUUUCAGAAUAUUAUUGUGAAGCUCUGUCCUCAGCUCUUUCAUUCUGUAUCAGGGAUACACACUGGAAUCAUUUGUGUAUAUUUUUCGUUCUUUAAUAUACUUGUUUUAUAUAUUUUAUGGGCAUGCAUAAUGCAGUGUACUAUAUUAAGCAAUCAUUCAUUUUGAAAUGGUUUGCAUAUGAAUCAUGUUUGGAUUGUAUCAGUCUAAUUUAUCUGAAUUAAAACGUAAUAAAAUAUAAAUCAACUAUGCAACUUUUGUAAUAAACAACUGUGCAAUUA